GUCAAGAAUUAAAGACUCAGAGCAAAUUCCAUGCCCCUUCUUGAAAUUCUUCUAACCACUCUGUUCUAAGUGGAUAUGUAUAUAUUAUAUGCAUGUUAACGGCUCUGGUAGCUAAUCUACUCUGAUCUGUCUAUUGCAUAAUAAUUAUGUUGUAUAUUUUGUAUUACUAUAUAUUUAUAACGAUAUGCAGAAGUUGACUGAUAGGUUUUGCAGAUAUUUAUUGCUCACAUCAAAUUAUUUUAAUAGCAGGACACAUAUCAGAAAAUACUCACAUUUAAGUUGUAAGAGAAAGUCAUGCUGCACUGUGGACAGAGUUCAAAUAUCGAUAUUUGGACAGAUAUACAUCCCCAGCCAGCAAGUGCAAUCAUAUGCAAAUGCAAAGCCAACACUUCGUUUGAAGAGACUUACAUUAAAAUCCAAUAAUUUAAAUAAGAUAAAACAAAUGAGUGAACCUUGGCAGCCCACUCCAAACCAUGUUAGCUAUGGAGGACAGUUUGUUGAAAUUUGUAGUGAUGACGACAGUGCCACUGAAGCCUGGCAGGAGAACUACAGUAGGGAGUCUACAAGUUGUGCUAGUCAAUCUCUGAAUUCAUCAAAUAUACCACCAGAUUUUCGGGUCUGGGAGUCAACUGGCAAAACUACUAAAUACAACAGUGGUAACCCGUUGAGGUUUCGCGUGCUGUCGUACAACGUAUUAGCGCAGUAUCUGUUAGAAUGUCACCCGUACUUGUACACACAGUGCACGCCUCGGAACUUGAAGUGGAAGAUCCGAGCGGCGCGACUAUACGACGAAAUAUUGAAGUUGGCGCCCGACAUUCUAUGUCUCCAAGAAGUACAAGCGUCUCAUCUAAACAGUUUUUACUCUAAAUUUGAGAAAAUUGGUUACUCUGGUAUAUUUAAAAGAAAAACGGGACACCGACAUGAUGGAUGCGCUAUUUAUUUCAAACACUCUCUUUUUGAAAUGCAAGAUACUGUCAGUGUGGAGUUCUACCAACCGGAGCUUCCGAUCCUCAACCGCGACAACAUAGGCAUGAUGGUGAAGCUGGUCCCGCGGCACUGCCCCGACACGCCCAUAGUGGUGGUCACCACUCACCUGCUCUACAACCCUAAGCGCACCGACGUCCGGCUGGCUCAGAUGCAGCUCUUGCUGGCCGAGAUUGACAGAUUUGCGUAUUUCGACAAUGGAAGAGAAUCGGGUCAUAUACCCGUGAUCUUGACCGGAGACUUUAACUCGACGCCGGAUAGUGCUGUCGUCAGGCUGCUCGACAAGGGACACGUAAGCGCCAGUCCGUUCCGGGACAGCUCAGAUUGGAAGAAAAUUGGAGUAACGGAUAACUGCCAACAUCUCUCCGUUUUAUUGAACCGGUCCAAAGGAUUGCCUACUGAUUUUUGCAUGACAAAGAUAUACAAUUCAGAAUAUCGGUCCAAUUUGUCCGAGCUCGAGGACGGCUCAGUCAGCCGCGACGACGAGUACGGCGAGCUGUUUAACAGCGGCGCGCUCGGCCACUGUUUCAACCUAGUGUCGGUCUACGACAAGGUCAAGCACGACGGCAGCCACGAGGCCACCACCUUCCAAGACUACUGGGUCACGGUGGACUACAUUUAUUUUAGCUGCUGCAGCAGCAUGAAGCUAGUGGAGAGGCUGCGGCUGCCGACAGCGGCCGAGUGCCAGGCGCUAGGCAAGCUGCCCAACGACGUGUACGCCUCGGACCACCUCGCCCUAGGUGGCACCUUCGAACUUAAGCCACUUAUGUCUUCCUUAUAACGUAUCGUAACGUACUUUGAAUAUUACGACCAGCGGACAAUAUUUUUAUGGUAGCGAUAAGCAUAAAUAAUUACGGUCGCACGCUGGUAUUUAGAUGAUUAUUGAAAUGAUUCAAAUCUAGUGACGUGAAGUAAAGACAUAGGAAGUGCUCCUGGUCGCAGUAGAAUUGACAUAUCUGUAUUGUCUGUGAACACGAUUUGACUAGGGUACUAGUAGUAGUAGGGCAGUAGUACAUUGCCACUACUAUAUUGCUUAAUAGGCUAUUUGACAAAUUUUUGAAAAUGGUUUUAAUUGAUUGUUUAUAACUAAAUAAUUACACUACAUUAAUAUUUCCGUGAAAUUUCCUGUAUUAAAUAUAAAAAAACAAUGUUAAAGUUUAUUUAUUUUGAACGCGCCUUAAACGCUGUUUUUGCAAAGGGGCUAAUCACGUGACACGUGUGACGUCAUACGCGAGAAAACUCAGUCAAUGACCUUAGUAAAUCUUAUGGUUUAUGUGUUAUGUGCAUUGAAUUGAUUAUUUCACUGUAAAAUGGUAUAUAAAUGGUGUAUAGUGCCGCAAUGUUCA